AUGAAGUUAUACAUUGGUGUUAUGACUGUCACCAACACAAACUUCACAACAAAGAUUAUGGUGAAUGCUGACCUAGAAAUGGUUAAGAAAUUUCAUCAAAGUACGAAAUCAACCUAUGUGACCUGUGGAACUGUUAUCGACAUUGACAGGAAUCAUGCAUGGUGGUACAAGGCUUGCAGGAAAUGCACACAGGGUCUAGAGUCACUCACUGACCAAUUUUAUUGUGCUAAAUGCGACAUUUAUGGUUCAACUUUUGUAACAAGAAUCGACGUUCGUAUUUACGAAGGGAUCCAUUUCAAGUCUGUUAUUGUGACUGAAUCUGCUGAGCACGUGUCAACCUUUGUGCUCUUUGAGAAUUCUGCUUCAAAGUUCUUAGGUGUCUCUGCCACUGACAUCUGUUACGAUCUACUUGCUAAGGGUUAUGGAAGUGAUCAUUUCCCAAGGGACCUUAAUGCACUAAUUGGGAAGACGCUUCUUUUCAAGCUAACUUCUAGGCCUGAUAGCCUGAAUAAAUUUCAGCCGUGCGUGAUCACCGUGUCUAGGAUAUGUUCUGAUCCUGAAAUUAUCAUGUCCCUUGCUUCAGAUAAUAAUAUUAAUUUGGACGUGUUGCAGAAGGUGGCCAUAACCCCGGUCAACGCAAUGAUGAAGCGAUUGGAACUGGCAACAUCGGCGGGGUUGCUGAUCUGUAUUAGAACCGAUGAUAGCGGUUCCUCUCGUGCUCCCUGCACUGCAUCGAAGAAUCUACUCCCUGCGUUUGAGAAGUGCAUGAUAGAGAAUGCCAACAAUCCUGGAGCCGAGGAUAUCUGA